AUGCUGGUUCAUAGAUGGGGAGCCAGACGAGGUGGAGGAUUUGGGGACUCCAAUUCAGGGGUUGAUGACUACGAUGAAGGAGGAUUCAGAAGCGACUCUGGAGGGAGAGGGGGCCGGGGAGGCUUCCGUCAAGAUUCGACCGAGGAAGGUAGAGAUGGCGGAGAAAAUGCAGGUCCCAAAGUGAUCUACGUGCCUCCGCCUCCCCCUGAGGAGGAGAACUCCAUAUUUGCUCACUACGCGUCCGGGAUCAACUUUGAUAAGUACGACAACAUCCUGGUGGACGUCAGUGGGGACAACCCACCUCCCGCCAUAAUGAAAUUUGAAGAGGCAGGCCUGUGUGAGACCUUGAGCCGGAACGUUGGCAAGUCGGGCUACGUGAAGCCCACGCCCGUGCAGAAGCACGGCAUCCCCAUCAUCACCGCAGGGCGGGACCUGAUGGCCUGCGCGCAGACCGGUUCUGGGAAGACGGCGGCGUUCCUGCUUCCCAUCCUGCAGCAGCUGAUGGCGGACGGCGUGGCGGCCAGCCGCUUCAGCGAGGUCCAGGAGCCCGAGGCCAUCAUCGUGGCCCCGACCCGGGAGCUCAUCAACCAGAUCUUCCUGGAGUCCCGGAAGUUUGCCUUUGGGACGUGCGUGCGCACGGUGGUGGUGUACGGAGGCGUGAGCACGGGGUACACAAUCCGGGAGGUGCUGAAGGGCUGCAACGUGCUGUGCGGGACUCCCGGAAGGCUGCUGGACAUUAUUGGACGAGGAAAGGUGGGACUGAGCAAGCUUCGCUACCUGGUGCUGGACGAGGCCGACCGCAUGCUGGACAUGGGCUUUGAGCCGGACAUGCGCCGGCUGGUGGGGUCCCCCGGCAUGCCCUCCAAAGAGGAGCGCCAGACGCUGAUGUUCAGCGCCACCUACCCCGAAGACAUCCAGAGGAUGGCUGCGGAUUUCCUGAAGAAGGACUACCUGUUCCUGGCGGUGGGGCAAGUGGGCGGGGCCUGCAGUGAUGUGGAGCAGAACGUGAUCCAGGUGACCCAGUUCUCCAAGAGAGACUCGCUGAUGGAGUUCCUGAAAACCACGGGCUCAGAACGCACAAUGGUUUUUGUGGAAACAAAAAGAAAAGCAGAUUUUAUUGCAACUUUUUUGUGCCAGGAGAAUGUACCUACCACAAGUAUACAUGGCGACCGAGAACAGCGGGAGAGGGAGCAGGCUCUGGCAGAUUUCCGCACCGGGAAGUGCCCUGUCCUGGUGGCCACCUCGGUCGCAGCCAGAGGGCUGGACAUUGAGCAUGUGCAGCACGUGGUGAACUUUGACCUGCCCUCCAACAUCGACGAGUAUGUGCAUCGCAUCGGGAGGACAGGACGAUGUGGGAACACGGGGAGAGCGAUGUCCUUCUUUGACCCUGAGGCCGACACCCCGCUGGCCCGCUCUCUGGUUAAAGUCCUCGCAGGGGCUCAGCAGGAAGUACCGUCAUGGCUGGAAGAAAUAGCCAGUGGUGCUCAUGGCACCAUGGGGUUCAAUCCUCGCGGGAAGGUGUUCGCCUCUACCGACACUCGCAAAGGUGGAGCCUUCCAGAGGGAGAAUGGCAGGCAGCCAGCUGUCCAGAGCCAGCCGGCAGAUGAGGACGAAUGGGAAUGAAUUGUCAUUUCCCCUUUUCCUUUUUGUUUAUUUUUUUAAUUAAUUUUUUUAUAAACCUUGCUAUAUGUAGUAUUGAGUUUUUGAAAUUGGGUUGUUAGAUUUUGAUACCCGUUUUCCAUUUUUAUUUAUGUUUUGGAUGACUGAGUGGGCAAAAUUUGCACAUCAGUAACUGAUAUAUUUUCUUGCAAUUGUUGUAUGGCAAUUACUAUGCCUCAACCUGGGUUCUACAGUGUCACCAACUCGUGAAGGAUUUGGCCAAACUGGAAGCUAGUUUCACAAAUCAAUGUUGUAAUGGGUGUUAAUCAAGUAUUGGGCACUUGUGGUUUUCUUUCAUCGUCUUUAAAUCGCAUGAGCCAUCACUGGCGCACUCCUUUUUGCAGAUUAGGUCACAAAAAUAGUUUUCAGUGAGGUUAGUUAGUGUGAUUUGACACUAUAAUAGGCUUUAAAGUAGUUGCGUGCUGAAUUUACCCGUUACCAUUUGUAAUACCCGGGAUACGUUUGAUUUUGAAAUGCUACAAAAAUGUAGCCUGCUGCCUUCAAGAUGAAUAGUUAUGUUCGCUUCAAGCAUUCAAGAUUGACCUUAUGUUUGCAGGUUAUGUUGCUUAAGCAAAAUAUUUUGUGAAUGCCUGAGUUGAAGACUUAGGAAAUAUGGAUGUUUGGCAUACUUUUGAGAAAUGUGCCGAACUGAACUAGUGAAUAAACUAGUUGUUACAUUUA